CAAAGAGCGGUCCAGAUAUCGUACUAGCAGUACAAAUUUUGCAAUAGGAACAAGCAAAGUGAGUACUCUGACUACGACUACUCGCGGAGAGGAGAGAAUUACUGCUGGUACUGCUGGUAGCGAAGCGAAUUCUAGAAAGCGGCAUAAAUAAAUAAAUAGGUGAUGAGAGCAACGCCCAUGGUUCCGUUCCAUACCAUACUACCCACUGGCUAGAGCUAGAGACUGCAGGGCGCUGCCGCUGCUUUUGCGUUCGGGAUUUGCAGGGGCUGCUUUUAUCUAUCUCUUGGGUCCUCGCGAAGCUGCUUGGGUUAUCUAUCUAUCUACUCCAUCUAUCUUCCGGCCGCGAAGAUAGUAGGGCUGGCAGACUGGUGGCCGGCCGGCGCGGCGGCCGAAGAAGAGAUGGGGAGCAUGGACGGCCACUCGCUGCACCACCACGGCGGCGGCGGCGGCUACACGCACGUCGCCGCGUCGGGCCCCGCGGGCAGCAACAACGACGAGCAGCAGCAGGACGACGCGUCGCCGCCUCCCUCGGGGGCCAGCGGCGGCGGGGGCGGGGGAUCGGCAGGGCGGCGGCCGCGGGGGAGGCCGCCGGGGUCGAAGAACAAGCCGAAGCCGCCCGUGGUGGUGACGCGGGAGAGCCCGAACGCGAUGCGGUCGCACGUGCUGGAGAUCGCGAGCGGGGCCGACAUCGUGGAGGCCAUCGCGGCCUUCUCCCGGCGCCGGCAGCGCGGGGUGUCCGUGCUCAGCGGCAGCGGCGCCGUCACCGGGGUCACGCUCAGGCAGCCCGCGGGGAUGGCUGGCAACGGCGCGCCCGCGGUCGCCUUGCGGGGGCGGUUCGAGAUCCUGUCCCUGUCGGGCGCCUUCCUGCCGGCGCCGGCUCCCCCGGGCGCCACGGGGCUGGCGGUGUACCUGGCGGGCGGGCAGGGGCAGGUGGUGGGCGGCAGCGUCAUGGGGGAGCUGCUGGCGUCGGGCCCCGUCAUGGUGAUCGCGGCCACGUUCGGGAACGCCACCUACGAGCGGCUGCCCCUGGACGAAGCUUCCCAGGCCGACGCCGAGGAGGCCGGGGCCGUGCUGUCCGGGUCGUCCGAGGGCGGCGGCGCGGCACAGCUGCUGGAGCAGCAGGGAAGCGGAGGGGGAACCGCCGUGGCGCAUCCGCCGAUGUAUGCUUCCGUGCCGCAGCCGACGCCGACGCACGACAUGUUCGGGCAAUGGGGGCAGCAGGCGAGGCCGCCGCCGCCGACGUCCUUCUAGAUCGAUUCGAUAGCACUGCACCGGCGAGGCGGCGAAUCGAUUACCUUAAUUACCUAGUUUAGCUUUCUGCUUUUCUUCAUUCCCUAGCUGCUAUCAUGCCCGCGUAGCUCUUGAUUUACCUUGUUAAUUAAUGUGCUAUCUCAUGCAUGGGUAAUUGUAUGAUCUUUGUCGAUUUUACUUCUCUUUGGAGCUUGGGUAUGUAAAAUUCCUACACCGCAGUAGUGUCAGGAAACCCAAACGAGCAAUCGUGGCUCGUCGGCCGAUCGAUUGAUUAGCUUCUUUCCAAUGAUCAAUUUGACGUGUUAGUACUAUAAUGCAUUCAGCGAGCUAGUAGUAUAUGAAACAAAUUUCCUUCCCGAGUUAUGCA